UGGCCGGUCUCUCAAGACUUGGACCGUAGCUGGACAGGUCUUCACUUGCUCUGACCUGUUCAUAUUCUGUCAUUCUCUCUAUCUGUCUAACCUCCUCAUGUUCUCUCUGUUUGUCCUUCAACUGUUGUUAUUUUGUUUCUCUGUGUCUCUGACCUGCUCACACUCUCAUGUUCUUAUUCAUAUUCUCUCUCUCUCUCUGUCUCUCUCUCUCUCUCUCUCUCUCUCUCUCUGUCCUGGUCUUAUCUCUCCUGCUCUUUUAAGAGGUUGAGUAUACAGAUAUAUCCGUCUUUUUUAUUAACCUUCACAGUGUUUUACGGUUCACUGUGAGCUCUGGGGCUUUGAGCAGACUGCUGUCUCUCUCUCACAGGCCUGUUUGUGGACUAUGCCUCUGUUGGCCGUGCUGUUGACGGUCUGUAUGGUGUGGAUUUGCUCUGCGGUCUCUGCUCACCGUCCACAGCCGCUGCUUAACUACAGCUCUCUCUCCCUGCACCCUCUGCACCUUCCCUACUUUCUCCACAACAACCGCCGCGUGGCUAAAGUCUGCAGAGAGGACCCGCUCUGCCCGUUCAGAGAUGCUCUGUCGCUGAAGGAGUCGUGUUGGGGUUAUGAACAAAACUGCUCCCCGGAUCACAGGUUCAGCUUCCCCGUCUGCACCAGCGUGGACUCAGGAUGGGCGAGCUCAGUGCAGGCGGCUCAGGAGCUCUUCUGGAAGCAGGCUGACUUUGGCUACGUGAGAGAGAGAUUGAGUGAGAUGAAGACUCUCUGCAGGCCUUUGACUCCUGGGGAGUCUUCCCUGAAGUGUACGAGCCACUUGCGUUUCUGUAGAGCUACCAAUCUCUACCUGGACCUGCGGAAACCCCGCAGAGGUCAUGAGAGGUAUAAGGAGGAUUUCCUGCAGCAGGGGGAGAUAGGGGGCCGCUGCAGACUGAACAGCCAAGCGCUGGAAGCAGAAGGACAGCACAAGAGCCCCCUGCAGUCCUGGUUUGCAGAGCUGCAGACGUACACUGAGCUCGACUUCCACCCCAUAGACGAUGGCCACUGUGACAUCAUCAUCGAGAGACCCACUGUCUUCAUGAAGCUGGACGCAGGAGUGAAUAUGUACCAUCAUUUCUGCGACUUUGUCAAUCUGUACAUCUCCCAGCACCUCAACAACUCCUUCAGUAGAGACAUCAAUAUCGUCAUGUGGGACACGAGUUUGUAUGGCUAUGGAGACCUGUUCAGCGAAACCUGGAGAGCCUUUUCGGAUUACGACGUCAUACACCUGAAAACCUACGACUCAAAAAGAGUGUGUUUCAGGGACGCCUUUUUCUCUCUGCUGCCGAGGAUGAGAUACGGCCUCUUCUACAACACCCCCCUGAUUUCAAACUGCCGCAGUGAGGGGAUGUUCAGAGCGUUCUCUCAGCAUGUCCUUCAUCGACUCAACAUCACACAGGAGAGACCCAAGGAUGGACGGAUCAGGGUGACUCUGCUGGCCCGGAGUACAGAGUACCGCAGGAUAUUAAACCAGCAGGAGCUGAUAAACGCUCUGAAGACCGUGACUUUAUUUGAGGUCAAGCUGGUGGAUUACAAGUACAAAGAUAUGCCGUUUUUGGAGCAGAUCAGAGUGACCCAUAACUCGGACAUCUUCAUUGGGAUGCAUGGAGCCGGACUCACUCACCUGCUCUUCCUCCCCGACUGGGCCGUCAUAUUCGAACUCUAUAACUGUCAGGAUGAAAGCUGCUAUCGUGAUCUGGCGAGGCUGAGAGGCAUUCACUACCUGACCUGGCAGAGACAGGACAAAGUGUUUCCUGAGGAUAAGGGUCAUCACCCCACACUCGGAGAGCACCCCAAAUUCACUAAUUAUGCUUUUGACCCGGAGGAGCUCAUGCGCUUGGUGAUGGUGGCUGCUGAUCAUGUGAUGCACCACCAGGAGUGGCGUUCAAGACAGAACCGAGAUGAGCUAUAGCAUCAUAGCUAUACAUGCACACAUACAUAUACAUAUAAAGCCCGACACACAGCUAAAGCGCAGCCGAAACACUCCUUAAUGUCAUGAUGAAAAGUGCUGAUCCAGGAUCGUUUUUACCCUUCAGAUAAUAAUGUAUAGAAGUUUAAGGACAUGGGGACCUGGUCCAGGAUCAGCACAGAAUAAAAGUAUAUUUCAUUGCUGUCAUAACAAAACAAAGACUUUUCAGGAGGAGGAAAGCUGUUCUUAGCUUUAAUGUAUGUUGACGCAACAAGGUUCUAUUCUAGCUCAUUUUGGAGCAUUUCUGUUGCUCCAUUCAUCAUGAAAUCUUCACAAAAUAUAGAGAGCAGCUGGUGUGAACUGAAAAAAUGAUGUUUUGAUAUGACAGCAGUGAAUACAGUACUGCACAUCUGAGAAAAUUAGGCUUUAAAAGGUAUUUAUCUUGGCAAUUAGUGUUUAUUUGCUUAGAAAAACACAAGUAUUAGAAUAAAUACAAAUAAAAUUAUGACAAAAAGUAGUGAAUUCAUGUAUGCCAGUGUUUUGUUUAACCAUUUAUAAACCUCUCCUCAAAUAACUCCAGUAUUAUGUGUAAUUAUUAUCCAGGACCUGGUUUGGCUAAUCAAUACUUCAUUAUGUUAGAUCAAGUAUACUGGUAAAGGAAUUUAAUAGAUUCCUGUGAUGGCUGGAGGCAUUGAGUAGAAAUGUUUGUUUGUUCUUCAAACCAGCUCAUGAGAUAUCAAGUACUUUUUGAAAAUUCUUGCUGUAGUUUAUUUGCAUCUAUUCUAAUGAUAUAAGGUAUUUUUACUGGCAAAAAAAGACUCAUUGCCAAGAUAAAUGGUUUUUAAUGAUGUGCUUAGACUCCUGCACAGGACUGUACAUAUACACAAAUACUUACAUAGACACACACAACUACAAAAUACACCCGAAACACUACAGCAUGGGCCAUAAUAUAGAGUACUGGUCUGGGAUCAUUUAUCACCCCUCAGAUUAUAAUGUACAGUAUAUAAUUUUAUGGACAUGGGGAGUUGAUCCAGAAUCAGCACUCAGGAAAAAACUGAAUGUGUUUAAAUCUACUUAACACUAACAAACUAGGCAAUGUAUUCCAGGACCGCGCAAGUCAGCAUUUUUGUCACUGUAUUGCAACAAGAGUCUUGUCAUAUUUCUAGAUCCUAUGGUCACAUAGGCUUUGUUCAUAUAGCAGGUAAAAGUGGCCCAAAUCUGAAAUUUUUCUUCAUAUGUGACACAGAUGUGUAUCUGUGUGUCAGUGUAAACAGCAAAAACACAUUGAAUCUGACAUUUUCAAGUCUGAUUUGAGACGCUUUCAUAUGUGGUACUGAAAUCCAAUACAUAUCCGAUCUGCAGCAAUGCGACUCAGUCUGAAGAGCCAGAUAGGAAUUCAUGCGACUUUUACGUCAAUCCAGCUCCACAUUUGUCAUAGUUUUGUGCUUCUGAGACUCAAAAACAUUUAGGGUGAUGUUUCUGUACAAAACAUUAGAAGACACUCAUCCAAAUCCCUCCGUGUUUGAAGACAUUUUGAAAGAAAUGACCGAACG